AGAAGAAGAAGAAAGAAAAACAAACCAAAAAAAAAAGAAAGGACAAACACCACCGAUGGGUGCUACCGGCGAUACAGAAUCCACGUCACUACUCCAAAACCCAAACCCAAAAAAAAUCCCAAAAGACAAUUUCCACGUGGCAUACAUAAUCUACUUCACACUCGGUGCAGGUUAUCUUCUCCCAUGGAACGCAUUCAUCACAGCCGUUGAUUAUUUCACUUACCUUUACCCUAACGUAAUGGUAGAUCGUAUAUUCGCUAUUGUUUACAUGAUCAUAGGUUUAAUUUGCCUGCUUUUCAUUGUCGUUUUCGGUAAUAAAACAAGUGCUUUCGUAAGGAUUAAUGUUGGAAUGUUGUUGUUUGUUUUUGCACUUGUUACGGUGCCGUUAAUGGAUGUGUGGUAUAUUGAUGGGAGAGUUGGUGUUUAUGAAGGGUUUGGUGUUACGGUGUGUUUGGUUGGGAUUUGUGGAAUUGCUGAUGGGUUAGUACAAGGUGGUGUUAUUGGUGCUGCUGGUGAAUUACCUGAAAGGUAUAUGCAAGCUACUGUUGCUGGUACUGCUGCUUCUGGUGUCCUUGUUUCGUUCCUGAGAAUUCUAACCAAAGCUGUAUAUCCACAAGAUGCUCAUGGGCUGAGAAAGAGUGCAAACCUUUAUUUCAUUUUCAGCAUUGCUGUGAUGAUUUUGUGCAUAGUCUUUUACAAUGUGGCACAUAGGCUUCCAGUAAUUAAAUACUACAAUGAUCUUAAAACUCGGGCUGUGAAUGAGGAGAAAGAGGAUAAGGGCGACUUAACUCCGGAAUUGUGGAGAUCAACUCUCGACAUUGUUGGGACAGUGAAAUGGUAUGGAUUUGGAAUCCUCAGCAUUUAUGUGGUCACCUUGUGUAUAUUUCCAGGAUAUGUCACAGAAGACGUGCAUUCUCAACUUCUGAAGGAUUGGUAUCCGAUCUUGUUGAUUACUGGCUACAAUGUGUUUGAUAUGGUUGGAAAGUGUCUGACUCCUCUAUUAUAUCUUGAAAACGCCAAGGUUGCUAUUGGUGCCUGCUUUGCGAGGCUGUUGUUUUUGCCUCUGUUCUAUGGUUGCUUACACGGGCCUAAAUUCUUUAGGACGGAGCUUCCUGUCACGAUACUAACUUGUCUAUUGGGAUUAACUAACGGCUACCUGACUAGUUUGUUACUGAUGUUGGGUCCAAAAACUGUCCAACUGCAACAUGCAGAGAUAGCUGGGACCGUACUUGUUUUGUUCUUGGUGAUAGGUCUGGCAAUUGGUUCUGUUGUAUCAUGGUUCUGGAUUAUAUAGUUUCUCAGCAGCUUGUAAGAUAUCGGUUCCGUCAACUAAUUGUCACUGGAAAACUGUCGAACUUUUUUAUUCAUUCCAUUUCAGAUGCGUAUCCUGACAUGUAAUUUAUAAAGCGUUGAAUCGCAUUGUUAAUGUAAAUUGUUGUGAAUUUUACAAA